CUCUCACGCCCGGUUCCCGGAAAACCUGCACCCCGUGGAGCCCCAGGAGAGUCGGGCCAUGCAGGAGCCGCUGCUGCGGGCCGACGGCCCGGACUAUGACACCUUCUCUGAGAAUUCGCCCUCGUCCCCGGGAGAGAGGACGCAGAAUGGGACCCCGCACAACAGGAGGCUGGUCCUGGCCGUCUUUGCUGCUGUGCUGGGCAACUUCACUUUUGGCUACGCCCUGGUCUAUACGUCCCCUGUCAUUCCGGCCCUGGAGAUCUCAGCAGACCCAGCCUUGCGGCUCAACACGCUACAGGCUUCCUGGUUUGGGGCCAUCUUCACCCUUGGUGCGGCUGCGGGUGGCCUCAGCGCGAUGGUUCUCAACGACUUCCUGGGCCGCAAACUUAGCAUCAUGUUCUCGGCAGUGCCCUCGGCCACCGGCUACAUCCUUAUGGCGAGUGCACAAGGCCGCGUAAUGCUCCUGUUGGGACGCAUGCUCACAGGCUUCGCAGGGGGCCUCACUGCUGCCUGCAUCCCUGUAUAUGUGUCUGAGAUCGCGCCCCCUGGUGUCCGUGGGGCUCUAGGGGCCACGCCUCAGCUCAUGGCUGUAUUCGGAUCCUUGUCACUCUAUGGCUUGGGCCUCCUGCUGCCGUGGCGCUGGCUGGCAGUGGCAGGCGAAGGCCCAGUGCUGCUCAUGGUCCUGCUGCUCAGUGUCAUGCCCAACUCCCCGCGCUUUCUGCUGACUCGGGGCCGGGAUGAGGAGGCGCUGCGUGCCCUGAGCUGGCUAAGGGGAGCCCAGGCCGACGUGAGCUCCGAGUUCCAGCAGAUCCAAGACAACGUGCAGAGACAGAGCAGCCCCCUCUCGUGGGCCGAGGUGCGGGACCCCCAGGUGUGCCGGCCCAUCGCCAUUGCAGUCCUGAUGCGACUUCUGCAGCAGCUGACGGGCGUAACGCCCCUUCUGGUCUACCUGCAGCCCAUCUUCGAGAACAUGAACGUGCUGCUGGCCCCUAAGAAUGAUGCAGCCAUCGUGGGGGCUGUGCGGCUCUUCUCUGUGCUGGUUGCCGCCCUCACCCUGGACUUCGCUGGCCGCAAGUCACUACUGUUUGUGUCUGCAACCAUCAUGUUUGCUGCCAACCUGACCUUGGGCCUCUACGUUCACUUCAACCCCAGGCAGCUGAGCCCCAACAGCACUGUGGGCCUUGAGACCGAGUCACUGGGGGCCUCCUCCAGUGCCCUCAGCCUGGUGCCAUUGCUGGCUGCCAUGUUCUUCAUCAUGGGCUACGCAAUGGGCUGGGGGCCCAUCACCUGGCUCCUCAUGUCAGAGAUCCUACCCCUGCGGGCUCGUGGCACGGCAUCAGGACUAUGUGUACUUGUCAGCUGGCUCACGGCCUUUGCACUCACCAUGGCCUUCGAGUGGGUAAUGAGAAACUUGAGCCUGCAAGUGCCCUUCUUCUUCUUUGCUGCCAUCUGCUUGGUCAACCUGGUAUUCACGGGCUGCUGUGUGCCCGAGACCAGGGGCCGGACUCUGGAGCAGAUUGAGUCCUUCUUCCGGACUGGGCGCCGCUCCUUCCUGCAGUAGGGGAGGCUGAGCCUGCACCUCCAGGGUAGCAGAAACCGCCUGAUGCUGGGGAUAGCACUGCCCUCACCUCAUGAAGCAGGUGCCAUAUAGGUGUGGCCCUGCCCAGUAUUACCCACAUCCAGGCCAGACUCUGCCCUGGACUCCUGUCCCUAUAAACUAUUGUCACUCGAUUUGUAAAAUAAAGAACUGGGCUGUGGCCUGGAGGCCGGAGCACCAGGAGAGGAAA